AUGAGGGAAAAUAAGAACAUGUCUGAGUCUCCUUCUCCUGCGGGAAAGGAAACACCAGCGAAGAAACAGAAGCUCAGCAGUGACGAGAACAGCAAGUCCGACCUGUCCGGGGACGACAACGACGAUGCUGUCAGCGUGGAGAGUGGACCCAACACAGAGCGCCCAGACACCCCCACAAACACCGCCAACGCCCCGGGGAAAAAGAGCUGGGGCAAGGGCAAGUGGAAGUCCAAGAAGUGCAGAUACUCGUUCAAAUGCGUCAACAGCCUCAGGGAGGACCACGGGCAGCCGCUGUUCGGGGUCCAGUUCAAUUGGAACAGUAAAGAAGGCGACCCGCUCGUGUUUGCGACUGUGGGCAGCAACAGGGUAACUCUGUACGAAUGUCACUCUCAGGGAGAAAUCCGCCUGCUGCAGUCUUAUGUAGACGCUGAUGCCGAUGAGAACUUCUACACUUGUGCCUGGACCUACGACACCAACACCAGCCACCCUCUGCUGGCUGUGGCCGGCUCCAGAGGCAUCAUCCGGGUCAUCAACCACAUCACCAUGCAGUGCAUCAAACAUUAUGUGGGUCAUGGAAAUGCUAUCAACGAACUGAAGUUUCAUCCCCGGGACCCAAACCUACUGCUCUCUGUCAGCAAAGACCACGCCCUGCGCCUGUGGAACAUCCAGACGGACACUCUGGUGGCCAUCUUUGGCGGCGUGGAAGGACACCGAGACGAAGUGCUCAGUGCCGACUUUGACCUGCUGGGGGAGAAGAUCAUGUCCUGUGGGAUGGACCACUCCCUGAAGCUGUGGAGGAUCAACUCGGAGCGGAUGCAGAAAGCCAUCAGGGGCUCCUACGAAUACAACCCUUCAAAGACCAACAGACCGUUCGUCUCACAGAAGAUCCACUUCCCGGACUUCUCCACCCGCGACAUCCACAGGAACUAUGUGGACUGUGUGCGCUGGUUAGGAGACCUGAUCCUGUCCAAGUCGUGUGAAAACGCCAUCGUGUGUUGGAAGCCGGGAAAGAUGGAGGACGACAUCGACCACAUCAAACCCAACGAGUCCAACGUGACCAUCCUGGGACGCUUCGACUACAGCCAGUGUGACAUCUGGUACAUGCGCUUCUCCAUGGACUUCUGGCAGAAGAUGCUGGCGUUGGGGAACCAGGUGGGGAAGCUGUACGUGUGGGACCUGGAGGUGGAGGACCCGCACAAAGCCAAAUGCACGACUCUGACUCUGCCCAAGUGCACGUCAGCGAUCAGACAAACCAGCUUCAGCCGCGACAGCAGCGUCCUCAUCGCCAGGUCAGACCAUCCUCACAGGGCCCUGGGGUCAGAGGUCAGACCAUCCUCACACAGGGCCCUGGGGUCAGAGGUCAGACCAUCCUCACACAGGGCCCUGGGGUCAGAGGUCAGACCAUCCUCACAGGGCCCUGGGGUCAGAGGUCAGACCAUCCUCACACAGGGCCCUGGGGUCAGAGGUCAGACCAUCCUCACACAGGGCCCUGGGGUCAGAGGUCAGACCAUCCUCACACAGGGCCCUGGGGUCAGAGGUCAGACCAUCCUCACACAGGGCCCUGGGGUCAGAGGUCAGACCAUCCUCACACAGGGCCCUGGGGUCAGAGGUCAGACCAUCCUCACACAGGGCCCUGGGGUCAGAGGUCAGACCAUCCUCACACCCGGGGCCCUCACAGGGGUCAGAGGUCAGACCAUCCUCACACAGGGCCCUGGGGUCAGAGGUCAGACCAUCCUCACACAGGGCCCUGGGGUCAGAGAGGUCAGACCAUCCUCACAGGGCCCUGGGGUCAGAGGUCAGACCAUCCUCACACAGGGCCCUGGGGUCAGAGGUCAGACAUCCUCACAGGGCCCUGGGGUCAGAGGUCAGACCCUGGGUUAA